AUAAUAUUCUUUCCUCUUGAAAUUUUAAACAUCUUUCUUCCAAGCCAAGACAAAAACAACAUACAACUCCUAUUGGUCUUAUCGAUCAUAAUUUACUCUUCUACAAGAAAAUUGGUUUGGCCAAAUUAUUUAACUCCAACGAGAUUAAAGUGUAGCACAAUCAAUCAUGGAUGAAUUUCCAUAUGAUAUAAUCUGCAACAUCUUCUUGAGAGUGCCUAUUAAAACACUUCUGAAACUGAGGUGUGUUUCCAAAUCAUGGUGCAAAAUCAUCGAUGAUCCAUGUUAUGCCUACAUGCAGUAUCGUUGUGGAGGGGCUCAGCAAGAUGCUCUGCUGAUUAGCCCCGAAUUUGGUGAAUUUACGCGAAAAACAAUAAGUUUGUAUGCAGGAUGUGACGAUGAGGAGGGGAGGAUGAUCCAGGCAGCCAAGGUUCCGAUGGCUAAGUUUGAAGCCAAGGGGAGUGUUUUUGGUUCUUGCAAUGGCUUAAUGUACUUUGCGGAAUUCAGGGGGGUUAGGAUUGUGGUGUCGAAUCCUCUGAGGAAUCAGUUCAGAACUCUGCCUCCAUUGAGCAUUGAAAACUACUGGUCCGAGAGUGAGAGGGCUUAUGGAUUAGGCUUUGAUAGUUCAACAAACAAGUUCAAGAUGGUUUGUACAAUCUACGGAGCAUCAGGUUGUUGUUACACACUAGUGCACGUUCUAGGGACGUGGUCCUGGAGACGGAUAUCUAGUGUUCCUGCUCCGUAUGUCACAUAUGGUAAGCCUGUCUUUGUUCAUGGUUUUUUGCAUUGGAUGACAGAGCCUUUUACAACUUCUGAGGAUUGUGAAGGGCGGAUCAUGGCGUUUGAUGUUAGCAACGAGACGUUUAAGUUAAUUUCUCAUCCCCAAAUAUGUUUGGAUAAAGACAGAAGGCUAUUUACAGUAUUGGAUAUUCAAGGCAGUUUAGCAAUUCUUGAUCUCUCAUGUAAUACCAGUAUUGAUAUAUGGAUUUUGGAUUACGAAAGCAAGUUAUGGAGCAGAGAUUAUACUAUCAGUAUCGAUACUCUUCUUCCUGAUCAUCGGCUUACUGAAGUCAUAGGAAUGUGGAAGCAGGACGAACUAUUGUUGACCACUACUCAAGGAUACUUCAGUUACGGUCUGAAGACUGAUUGCUUAAAAUACAAACAUACUUCGGGUUUCAGUUCCAGUGCACAAGUUUAUGGACACAGGGGGAGUCUGAUAUCGAUCUCUGAUGAAACGGAAGUUGCCUAGUUUGAAUGUACAAGUUUAAUUGACAUUUAGCUCAAACAUAUCUCAUGCCUGUUUUUAUGAUUCUAAUCUUUGUACAUGUAUAAUUAAGGGCAAGAUUGAACUUCAAAGACAAUGAUUGACAAGUUUCAAUGUUUUUUCAGUUUAUGUUAGUUAAGCAGAUAUCAAGCAGAGCUUCUGGCGGAUCAGUUCAUAUGUUUGACAGAUUGGUGUGUUCUCAAGAAUCAUAUAAUGGGUGAAUUCCAGUUUUAUACCAUGACAAAAAUAUUUGUUCUUGUGUCAGGCUAGGAUGGAGAAGCACGGGUCACUACUUUAUUUUAUAAAAAUUUAUUAUUAAGAUGGUACUUAUGUCAUUAUAUACUUAUAUA